AUGAGCAUCUUUCCCAAGUCGUGCGAUGCCGACGAUUGGCAACAGCGCAUCGCUUCCAUCACUACCUACUCUGGCGAAGAGAUACGCUUGAAUUAUAUCUAUUCCCCUGACUACGGAAAUAAGCCAUGCCAGGGCGUGAUCUUACUUAUCCACGGCUUUCCUCAAACAUCAUAUCAGUUCCGCCAUGUUAUCACAGAGUUUGCAAAAGCCGGAUAUCGAGUUGUAGCACCAGACUAUCGUGGUGCCGGAAAUUCCUCGAAGCCCCUAACCGGCUAUCACAAGACUCAGAUGGCCGAGGACCUGUGUAUCCUGAUAAAAAACCAUCUCAAAAUCCAGUCGAAAAUUCACAUCGUUGGACACGACAUUGGUGGCAUGAUCGCGUUCGCAUAUGCAUCGCGUUACCCGGACGACGUCGCCAGUGUGGUAUGGGGAGAAUGUCCCUUGCCCGGAACAUCGUUCUACGAGAGCGUCAAGGGAAGCCCAGAGCUCUUCCAUUUCGUUUUCCACCAAGUGCCCGACCUACCCGAAUUCCUCAUAGCUGGCAAAGAGCGCGAAUAUCUUAAGCACUUCUUCGACAAACUGCAGUAUAAUAGUUUGGCUAUCACACCCGCCGAUUUGGACCACUAUGCGCUUGCAUAUUCGCAGCCUGGCGCAAUCAGGGCAGGUCUUGAGCUUUACCGUGCUUUUGAGAAAGACGCCGAGGAGAACAGGACUUGGCUUGCUCGGCACGGAAAGGUGAAAGUUCCUACAUUGUUGUUGAUGGGAGAAAAGUGUUUGUUGGCGCAAGCGGCAAAGAGUAUGGCGAGCGAGUAUCAUGAGACUGCAGAGAUAGUCAUGAUUUCGAAUGCUGCGCAUUGGGUUGCCGAAGAAGAUCCAGAAGCUUUCAUCGCACGUAUUCUGGGCUUUAUUGAAAAGCUCCCGAAAAAGUAGUAUAGUUUGGACUGCGCUUCAAAAGCUGGUCGGAAAACUACCUAUAGACUCAGCAAACGGUGGAAACUCGAGAUAGCUAG